AUGCCUCAACUCCUGGGUAACAGCAGUUCACAUGAACAGUCUGCUGUAUAUUUUGCAUCAGGAUCCUUUGUCUCCAUUGCUGUCUUCAUCAUCAUUUUCAUCAUAGGUAUUCCAGGCAAUGGCUUGGUGCUCUGGGUAGCUGGUCUGAAAAUGAAAAGGUCUGUGAACAGUGUCUGGUUUCUAAACCUUGCUGUGGCUGACUUUAUGUGCUGCUUUACCUUGCCAUUUUUAAUUGUUCACCUGGCCCUCCAUGAGCACUGGCCUUAUGGUUGGUUCCUCUGCAAAGUCAUUCCAACAGUCAUAAUCUUCACCAUGUUUGCUAGCGUCUUUCUACUCGUGGCCAUCAGCAUUGACAGGUGCCUCCUGGUGAUGAAACCUGUUUGGUGUCAGAACCAUCGAACAGUGAAGUUUAUAUCACUAAUAUGCUGUGGCAUUUGGAUCCUGGCCUUAAUUUUCUGCUGUCCCACCUUCUACUACCGUGACACUUACACUGCUGAUGGCAAAACUGAGUGUGGGUACAGUUUUGGAGAUGACGAAGGCCUAGAUUAUACGAGUGACUCUGUAAAUGAGUUAUUGGAAAAUUACUCACCUUUAGCCUACAAUGGUAAUUACUCAUGGGGAGAUUUCUAUGAAGGCGAUUAUUCUGUAUCCCUUGCCUUAGUGGUAAUAAACAUCACUAGGGCUGUCUUUGGCUUUCUACUCCCCUUUGGCAUAAUGGCAUUUUGCUAUGUCCUCAUUGCUGUCAGAAUACAUGCAAAGCAAUCUCACAAGCCAUGCAACAGGAUGCUGCGAACAAUUGUGCUCAUGGUAGCUGCAUUCUUCAUCUGCUGGGCUCCAUACCACGUAAUUGGGAUUCUGUCCCUUGUACCUACUCUUGGAGAAGGACUGAAGGAUUCAUUGAUCAUCUGGGAUCACGUCUCUACAGCACUUGCAUAUGCCAACAGCUGCAUCAACCCCCUGCUUUAUGUUUUUGUGGGACGGCGCUUCAGGGCAAAGGCAUGGCAAACAGUGCAAGGAAUCUUGGAAGGUGUCUUUACUGAGGAGCCAAUACGUUUGACCCCUUGCACCCUUGAAAGAAGCAAGACUUCAACUGAGAAGGACGUUAGCACCCUUGAAAGGAGCAAGACUUCAACCGAGAAGGAUGUUAGAAACACACUGUAA